CCACUACACACUGACCCGCGAGCUGAGCAGGACGUCAGAGGGAGACAGUAUGCAGCCUGCCACAGCCUACAAGCGCGCGCAGGCUGCUACAUGUAAAUAAAACGCCUUGCUGUGUUUUUCUGCUCGCGGGUUGUGCUUGAGAUAUGGCGCUCGGGUGAUAAUAAUACAAAACCAGCAGACAAUAGAGUUAUAAAAAUCUGUAUUGACUAUUUCGGGCCCUCGAUCAAACGCUAAGGGAGUGUUUACGUGGAUUAAACUCCGUGGCCGAGUGCAGUGAAAUCGGGCUAGAGAGCAGGGAGGCGAAGGCGAGCUGGAGCAUCGGGAAGCUUCUCCGCCGGCUUCCGGACAUUCGGGGCGGCAUCAAAGCUGCAGUCGCUGCUAACUGAUACGACGAAACUUCGUCGACAUUGGACUGUAAAUCGCGUUAUAUCGUAAAAGCUGGCUUUCCCUAACAUGUCCAGAAAAGUCCAAAGAAGCGAGGUGUGUGCAGACUGCAGUGCGCCAGAUCCGGGUUGGAGCAGUAUAAACAGAGGGGUGCUGAUCUCUGAUGAGUGCUGCUCUGUGCACCGGAGCCUCGGACGCCACAUCUCCAUCGUCAAACAUUUGCGCCACAGCGGCUGGCCACCUUCCUUACUACAGAUGGUGCAGACGCUGGCCAGUAAUGGUGCUAACUCCAUUUGGGAGCAUUCACUGCUGGACCCUGCGCAGGUUCAGAGUGGUCGCAGGAAACCUAAUCCACAAGAUAAAGUCCACCCCACCAAGUCAGAGUUCAUUCGCGCCAAGUAUCAGAUGCUUGCCUUUGUCCACAAACUGCCAUGCCGUGAUGAUGAUGGGGUCACCAGUAAAGAUCUCAGCAAGCAACUACAUUCGAGUGUGCGGACAGGAAGUCUGGAGACGUGUCUGCGGCUGCUGUCCCUUGGAGCUCAGGCCAACUUCUUUCAUCCUGAGAAAGGCACCACCCCUCUGCAUGUGGCUGCUAAAGCAGGUCAGGUCCUCCAGGCUGAGCUGCUUGUGGUGUACGGCGCUGACCCCGGUGCGCUGGACAUCAACGGACGCACACCCAUGGAUUAUGCCAGGCAAGCGGGUCAGGUGGAGUUAGCCGAGCGCUUGGUGGAAUGUCAGUAUGAGCUCACAGACAGACUGGCUUUCUAUCUGUGUGGCCGCCGUCCAGAUCAUAAGAAUGGACAUUAUAUCAUCCCUCAGAUGGCAGACAGAGCGCGCCCUAAGUGCCCAACACAGAGCCUGGACCUGUCUGAACUGGCCAAGGCCGCCAAGAAGAAGCUACAAGCGCUAAAUAACCGUUUGUUUGAGGAGCUGGCCAUGGAUGUGUAUGAUGAGGUGGACCGUAGGGAGAAUGAUGCGGUGUGGCUAACGACUCAGAACCAUAGUACGCUGGUUACCGAGAGGAGUGCUGUUCCCUUUUUACCCGUCAACCCUGAAUAUUCGGCCACACGCAACCAGGGCCGACAGAAGUUGGCACGCUUUAAUGCACGAGAGUUUGCCACACUAAUCAUUGACAUUCUCAGCGACGCCAAGCGGCGGCAACAAGGCAAAGGCCUGACAAGUCCCGCUGAACCUUUAGACGUGAGCCAGGCAGACGAUGACCAGCACGACUAUGAUAGUGUAGCUUCUGACGAGGACACAGACAGUGAAAUAACUGCACAGAACAACACCAACGCUCAGCGCAACAACCGUGCUAAGAGCAUGGACUCUUCUGAUCUUUCGGAUGGACCUAUCACGCUGCAGGAAUAUCUGGAGGUGAAGAAAGCCCUGGCUUCUUCUGAGGCCAAAGUCCAGCAGCUCAUGAAAGUCAACAACAACUUGAGCGAGGAGUUGCGGAGACUUCAGAAAGAGAUUUCGCGGAUGCAGACGGAGAACGUAGCUCUAAGAGGGGCUCAGGCUGGGCCUGCGGGGGCUCUGGGGGGUGGCAACACGGCCCUUUGGCCCAUCGGGGUAAGAGGAGGGGCAGGAGGAGUGGGCAGUGGGGACUCAAGCUUGGCUCCACCCUCCUCAGCUCCUCUGCGGAGGGACAGACAGGCUUUCUCGAUGUAUGAGCCUGGAGUGGCCGCCCCCAAAGCCCUCGGCCCAGCACUGGACUCCCUGAGCAGCCACCUGCAGCCCCUCAGCUCCAGUGUAAGUGUGCGAAAAGGGGCUACUGCAGGCCCCACCCCUUAUGGUGGACCACACAUGUCAGCCUCCAUGGAGAUGGGCCGCUAUAUGCCCCCUAAAUUAGAGAAGCAUGGUAGUGGCACUGACAGUGACUACGACAACACUCAAACAUAUGACACUUCCAUUGGCAUGGGCCGCAGCAGUGAGGAGGAGAGCCGAGCGGAGGUGGAGGAUAGUGGAGAUGUGGGAGAGCCAGAUCCCACACUCCCCUGCACAGAGGAUGUCAUCCUGAAGACUGAGCAGGUCACCAAGAACAUUCAGGAGCUACUGAGAGCAGCACAGGAAUUUAAACAUGACAGUUUUGUGCCAUGCUCUGAGAAGAUCCACUCAGCUGUGACAGAGAUGGCCUCUCUCUUUCCAAAGAGACCAGCUCUGGACGCAGUCCGCGCUUCCCUGAAACUGCUGGCCUCUAGCGCUUCACGUCUGCAGGUGGAGUGUCGCAAAGCUGCGCCCUCUGAGCCUUCAGCAAGCGCUGUCGAUUACCAGCUCCUCACGCAGCAGGUCAUCCAGUGUGCCUAUGACAUAGCCAAGGCCGCUAAGCAGCUCGUCACCAUCACUACACGCGAGAAGAAGCAGUGACCUGGCUCAGGGCUUGAUGGGUGCAAGGACAUAAAACAGAGAACAGUACACACUGGUGGUGGAGGAAGGAACUGCAAACAAACAGUGGGUUGGUGAAGAUGAGGAAGAAAUGGACAAUGGAAAAGGAUGGACAUAAAUAGAAUGGAUGUAGAAUGUAGGGACUGAUUUCAUGAGUGAUGAUAAAAGUAAGAAUCGCGGGGGUGGGGGUGAGGGUGAAAGAAAAUAAAUGGAAGUAAAUGGAUGCUCCAUGCAGGUUGCACCACCAUGCAAAGAGGCAAAGCUUAUGGGAGACCCUUAUCAGAGCGAUUCAAAUCAUCUCACUUCUUCUCUUAAUCUUCUGUUAUUGGGAUCCCUCUUUACAUGCAGCUUUCAUUCAUAUCUCUCUCACUCUUUUUAUCUCUCUCUCUCUCUCUCUCUCUCUCUCUCUCUCUCUCUCUCUCUCUCUCUCUCUCUCUCUUGCUCUGUCUCAGUCUGUCUUGCUGUCUGUCUCUUCCUUACACAGUUAAAUGCUGAUGUCUCGAAUGCACAUCAUUUCUCUCUCUCUCUCACACACACACACACACACACACAGACGGUCUGCUUUUCAUCAGAUUUUUUUUUUUUUUUUUAUGUUUGUUGAUUUAUGUCUUCUUUUAUAUGCCACUCCAUUGGCCUUUACCUCUUGGGACAAAAUUGUAGACUUAAAAACACUUACACUGGAAUUAUUGUAAUGCUUAUGACUCUAGUUUUUUUUUAUGAUUAUUAAUGUUAUGGUUAUCAUUGUCAUUGAUGUUUGUUUCUUUCUGAAUUUUGUUGAAUAUGUAUUGUUAUUGUUAUUAUUAUUUUUUGAUAUUUCAUUGUAUAUCACUUGGCCGGAAAUGGAAACACUCAGCUUUUAUUCAGUAUUCGGGAUAUUCAUGAUCUUACAGAACACACCUUGUACUCCAGGAAGACAUGUAGAAAUCUUGUAUGUCUGCAUUCACCAUAACCAAAGGAAAUAAUGAUGGUAAUGAGGACACGGUAGCAAUGAUUAGCAAAAUAUUUAUCAGUGUCUGAAAGUAAGGUCAGCUCUCAUUCUUUUGGUGAUGGAUAGAUUUCUUCAUUCAUCUCACACUUCAGAAUCCUUCCAUUGUACAAUCAUAUCAUAGAAGCAGCAGGUUUGUUGGCUCAUGUGUUACAAUGCCUGUGUUUAGGAACAUAGAGGUCCACUCUGGUAGGACGGUUCCUCUCCAGUUCUUCCACUGUACUUUCUUUGAGAGUAUUCAUUUGGCUUCUUAACUAGUGUAGCAAGUUAGAGAAUUUUGAUGUGAACCUUUUUGGACCAGAUUUUUUUCUUCUGUGAAAAUAUCAGAUUGAGUGUACUUCAUGUUUAUAUUAUUUUCUUGAUUGGAAAGCAUGUGUACUGUCCGUGUAAAAAUGUUAUAUAAGCUAUACGGAUGUGAGUGCUGAUGGUGAAAGGAGACCAUUAGUUUUCACUAUCCAGACACUUCAGCAGGUUACAGUAAUGGGAAAAAUGACAGCUGUGCUGUAUAAAACUCUCCCCAAGUUGAUUUUGGUGUCAUAAAGCCAGUGUAUAUGAGACUAUAGCCAGCAGUCAGGGCCCCCAACCUCCUGCUCAAUACUAGCUAUAGAGCUCAUAGUACAACCAACUUAUUUUAACUGAUUACUCCUCAGUAUCGUGGGGUUAGAAAACUGGAGCUUUCAAAACAUGCAUACCAAGCACUAUUAAUGUUUUAUAAUUCUCAGGCUUCUUUUAGACAGCUCAUCACAUUAAGUUUUCACAGAUGCCUGUUUAGUGUUUAUUCAACCAGAACUUUUCAGUUCUUCUUUGGACCACAUCCAUAUUUCAGCAGAUGAUUGGUGUCACUGACCAGACAGCUAGUAAAACAUUUGUCUUAUCUUUCUGUCUAGGCACAGUCUGUGUCUCAUCAUGCCAUCAAUACUUUUUCAGUGUUAUAUUUUUGUUUUUGUGUUUCUCUUGCCAUUAUGUAAGCCUUAAUCUUACUUCUCUCACCUUCUCUCAAUUUGCCCUGAUGUUUUCAACCAUUUCAUGCACUUGCCUUACUUCUUUUUCAGUUUGAGAAUGGGAUAUUGUUUCAAACAGCCAUUUGAAAGGAUUUAUCAUUUACCUUGCACUUCUGUUUGUUUGUUUUUCUUUUUUUUUUUAUUAAUAGUUACAUGACAUCCCUGUGUUCCUUCUAGUUAGUGCAAAUGGAAACAAAUCAAUGAGUGUGUGUUACACAGAAGUUCGCCUUUUCACAAGGGUAUUUUACCAUGGCUCUUGGGAGAUGUUUUACCCAGUUUAUUGUGACCAUUGUUAAGAAGUUAGCACCUGAUAAGAUGGAGUGUGUGUGUUGGGAAAUGGGAGCCUUAGCACACACAGACAUCACGAUUUAUCCAGCACAAUGUUGGGCUCCUUUAGUGUGAGUUCUGUAAGUUUCAUGUCAGCCUUGUCCCACAGCCUCAUGCCAUAAUACAGUCAAUACAAACAAGUACAAAGCCUGCACGCACACUCACCACAUACAAAACAUCCACAUCUUACUUCUGCAUAGUCUCUUCUUUAAGUCAGUCAGAUACACUGCACUGUACUCAUCAUUACUGUUCUGAGAUGGCUGAUGGGAGAACUUCUUUUAGCAGCGUCAAUUGUACAAAAUAAAGAAAUAAACUAAGCAAAAAACAAUAAAAUCAUGAUAGAAACUCGUAAGCUGUACAUUUGUAAUAAAGACAAAAUGGUAAUUGUCCUAAAAGAA